CAGACGCUUUUUUCUUUUUUUGCUUUUGUCUAUUGCUUGCGUCUCUGACACAUGAGAAAGGGGAACGUAACCUGUCUCUGUAUUACGAUAAUAUUUAAAUAGAACAGGAGGGGAGGGAAGCGGUGGAAGCGGCAGGAACUGUGCUCUUCCGCUAACACAACAGCAGACGCCAGCUCGAUAUAGUGAAAGCAACAUCAUUUUCCUUUCGUUCGCAGAUAUGUUUUCUCCCCUACACAGCGCAGCGCAAUCUGGCUUGCCGGAGUACCUUCUGCGGUCGCUGCAGUCCGGAGAGAAUCCGAAUCUCCAGGAUGCAGAUGGUGAAAGUCCUCUGCAUAAGGCAGCAAGAGCUGGAAAUGUGGAGUGCGCACAUCAUCUUCUCAGCGCAGGGUGCAACCCCAGGCUGCUUAACCGCUGGGGUCAAUCAUCAUCUCAGCUGGCACUGCAAUUGGGUCACCUGCCUGUAGCGACUCUGCUGAACGCCGCCGAACAGGGCAUUUUUACACCUCUUCCAUGCAACAUCCUUGCUGCAAAUAAUCGCAAGCGUUCGCAUGACAAGAAUGGAUACAGGGGAUGCAAGAAAUUCCGCACCUCUGAUGAACCUGAAAUUCAGUCUGACAUCAAGCCUGUGCCUCAAAUGUUAACAAGUGCUCAGGACUAUGGACAACUUAUGCACGUUGAACAAGGUUACAACAGAAUAUUUGUGGAUAACUGGAUAAGUGAGGUACACGGCUGUUAAGAUGCUUCAUCCUAAUGUUAUGGUUACUGUACAUAAUGGUUGUUGUUGGCGCACAUAUUAUUGUUAUACAUACAUGUUUAUCUGCACAAGUUCAAAAGCCUGCGAAUGGUGCAUUUAGAAUAAAAUUUGUUUCCAAAACCA